CUUGAGAGGUCUCACUCUUCCUUUCGUCAGUCGCUCUUUUCGAUUCCUGACCCGGAUCACCGAUCCAUUACGUUCGUUUAUCAAGCAUUCAAUUCGAAGCCUUUGUUUUACAUUGAUUGUCCCUCUUUCAACUGAUCGUCACCCCUGAUCUCCGCAAUUGAUCAACAUGCGUCCGCAAACCGUCCGAUCUCUCGCGCUUCUCGGUGGCUUCUCUUUCGCAGCAGCCAAUGAUAUUGUCUCUCUCAUCCUUCCCGCGGCAGAUGAGCAAGAGCUUGUCGGCGAAGUUAUCGGCAGCGCCGGACCAACCACCACCUACCGGAUUUCCUGCCCCGAUACUGUCGACGAAGAUGAGUGUGGCAUGCCUACGAGCGGCUUAACUGUCGCCGCGGCGCCUACAGCAUUCGUCUAUGAAUAUUCGUACGAAGACUACUACCUCAGAGAAAGCUGCAAGCACAGCGGCACCACUUGGUUCUCCUGCCUGGUGACGAACACGCAGUCUGACUUCUCCUUUGUCACAAGCACCACCAUUGACGAGGUCCUGCCUUACAUGGCUGUCACUAUCACCUCAACUGCUGCAGGCGCAGACGCAGAGGCCACCAGUUCAGCAACCUCUACUUCCACAAAGGCUUCGGACGCUGACGCUGACGCCGAAACUAAGACUAACUCGGAAUCUCUAUCAACUACCCUCUCUGGAUCCGCUUCUGUCACCGCGGCUUCCUCCGAGUCCCCGUCAAGCAGCACAGCUGCGGCCGAUCCUGAGGAAACUACCUCCGAUAAUGCAGCCAUGCCUCAAGUCACUGGAUCUGCUGCCCAGUGGAUUGUCAGUGGUGCCGGUAUGGCGUUGGCUUUGGCUCUGGCGUAAGCCCAGCCUAGGCACAUCUAGAAACUGGUAAUAAUUACCUUGAUCAUGUCUAUAACUACGAUCUUGCAUGGGAGAUAUCUUGGAUGAAUGUGAUAUGUAUCC